ACUUCUGGGUUAAGUAGGUCCCACAAAAAUAUAGUUUUCAUGGAUUUCUACGAAGUUUAAAACUUCGUGUGACUACAUGGAUGUGCCAGUUUGGUCGUAGAUUACAUGGGUUUUACUAAAUCCAAUCCCCGAUUGUUGCAAGCCCUUACUUUUCCGCCACGGAAAGCAAAUAAUUAUCUCGUAUCAAAUGGUUUUUACACAGGAACUUUGACCAGAAAGAAGGCCACAGAAACACCGCUGAAACCAGGGCUUACAAACCAUUUUAUUUUAUUUGGCUUUUUUCAUUGGAAGAUCCAUCUGACAUGAGAAUGAUGGAGCAGUAAAGCCUGGAAUGUAAACAUGGCGAACCGAUCACGGGUGGAAGCAGUGGUGUCUCUGUUUGUUACCGUGCAUCCUCAUGAAUUGCCUUCUCUACUUCAUGCCUUCACGUGUUUUUUCUUUCUUUUAAGUGCAUACUUUGUUAUUCUGCCUUUGAGAGAUGAAGGUGCAAUCUCUUUAGGUUUGGGUAAAUUACCUGGCCUUUUCAUGGCAUCUCUAGCACUCACUUUCAUUGCUGCCCCAGCUUCAACAUAUAUUUUUUCUUUGUCUCAUCUUUCAAAAGGCAAGGCUUUGGUGUUGAUGCAUAGAUUCUUUGGUGCUUCCCUCAUUUUUUUCUUUAUACUGUACUCCGCAUCAUCAAUGACACCAUCACAUUACUUUGCUAAGGGUGUAUCACGAUGGCCACUCUCAUAUGAUACAAAGCAAAAGGCCAGUGGAGAAAACAUAAAUUUUUUAUAUUCUAAAAGUUUGGAGAGCCAGGGGUGGUGUUAUAUGUCACUAAGAAUAAGUUUCUUCCUCUGGGUUGCACUUUUGAAUCUUGUCUCUAUCUCAGCCACAUGGGCUCGUGUAAUAGAUUCAAUGAACAGUGAGUCAGGCUCUAGAUUGAUAGGAUUCGUGGGUGCUGGUGCUACUCUGGGGCAACUCUGUGGAUCAUUGCUUGCAGUUGCAAUGGCUCAAUUAGGACCUUAUUUGCUCCUGUUUGCUGCUUUAUUGAUGGAGUUGGCUGCACGGUCCUCAAUUGGUAUUGGUCAAGAUGAAACCCAUGAACCUCAAGAAUUAUCUUCAACAAGUGAAUCUGUCAGUCAAUCUGUUGAACACAACUUCGAACCUGUAAAUCGACUGACUGCUUCUUCUAUGAAACACAAAUUUUCUGCUAUGUUAGAUGGUCUGCAACUUAUCUUGGCAUCAACAUAUCUCCUCCAUGUUUGUUGUUUCAUGUGGCUCACUGCGGUGGUCUCUUCCUUCUUUUAUUUUCAGAAAGCAGCUGUAGUGGCAGAAGCAGUUGCCAAUGCUCUUGAUAGGAGGAGAAUGUUUGCUCAGGUCAACAGUUUUACUGCUGUCUUCAUCCUUAUUGGGCAGCUUACUUUAACGGGUCAGAUACUUACAAGUGCUGGAGUCACUGCAGCCAUAUGCGCAGCUCCAGUUAUCUCAUUUGCAAAUAUGACUACAAUUGCUAUCUGGCCAACCUGGAUCAUGGUGGCAAUAUCAGAGACUUUGAGAAAGGUCUUAAAUUAUGUUCUUACACGGCCUGGUAGAGAGGUUCUCUUCACUGUCGUCACACGAGAUGAGAAGUACAAAGCCAAGGUUUGCAUGGACGUAUUAGUGCAAAGGUUAGGAGAUGCAGCAGCUGCUGGAAUCUACAAGAUACUCCAGGGGUCACUCAAUAAAGGACCUUCAGCCAUUGCGCUUUGUGCCUUGCCGGUGUGCUUUGCGUGGAUUAUCACGGCAUUUUCCUUGGGCCGUCGACAAGCUCAUCUCGCAAAAUCUCAAGCACUUGAUCAAUAAUAUCCUUUUCAACAUGGAUAAAUUUCCUGAAGUAAUUUUAAGUCGAGAACUCUGAAUUAAAAUUGGUGCCUUUCAACAAUUUCAGACAGUUGCCACAACCCAGUAUUGCCGAUUUCCAUUCAGCAGAGCUAUACAGUACAAAAUUUAGCAGGACAAUGAUAACCAUUUGCCAGUUGCAUCUUAUCUCUAAGUGAGCUUAUGGGACAUGUAUCAAAUGUUUUUUUGGAAAGGCGAAUUUAGCCUAUUAAUUAAUAUAAAACAGCAAAGAAUUGUUUACAGAUUCCCUUGAUUGCUCUCUGUAGUCCUAUCUAACAGAUUUCCAAGUGUACUUGUGAAAAAACCUAUGAACUCCCGGACAUCAUUAAGUUUCUUGUCCAGGGAGAUCCUUAAACCUUUAAAGAGAAAAAGAGAGCAACAUGUAUCAUUCUUUGUAUUUAAAGCCUAUGUAGUUGUCUCA